AUUUUCGGUUUCAAUGGAUUCCUCCCGAAUUUCGAUCCGGCCAUUUGAGUUCUCCGACGUCGACAACUUCCUAAAAUGGGCCAGCGAUGAUAGAGUAACGCGCUAUCUUAGAUGGAACACCAUCACCUCUAGGGAAGAAGCACUAACAUACAUUGAGAAGGUUGCAAUACCCCACCCAUGGCGUCGGUCUAUAUGUUUGGAUGACCGUUCGAUUGGCUACAUUUCAAUUAGGCCAGAAUCCGGUGAUGACAGAUGCAGAGCGCAUGUUAGCUAUGCGGUGGGCACGGAUUACUGGGGGCAAGGGAUAGUCACCAUAGCAUUGAAGAUGGCCCUCUCUGGGGUGUUCAAGGAGUUCCCAGACUUGUUGAGGAUUGAGGCUUUGGUAGUGGUAGAAAAUAAAGGGUCUCAAAGGGUGCUAGAAAAGGUUGGAUUUCUAAAAGAAGGGUUGUUAAGGAAGUAUUAUGGGUUUUGCAAAGGAGAGAUCAGGGACAUGUUUAUCUACAUCUUCUUAGUAACAGAUAUAUCAUAUGAAUUGAGUGCUUAGGAAAAGAAAAGAGGAAGAAGAAGAUAAUAUGAUGUGACUUGUGAGUGAUAUGUUGUAACCAGUACCCUUGAUCUCAAUGAAAUAUUAUCCAUUUCAGGCUGAUUACUGCAUCUGCCUGUUUAGAUUCUUG